AUGGCUCUUACCACCUUCGAGCCAGAGAUCCUCAUGCAUCACCUCGCUGCAAGUUCUGGAGUAUUUCUGCAUCUCGCCGAGAUCGACAUCUUCUUCUACAAGAUCGACUUUCCUUGCUGGCGCAAACCGCGCCUCGCUGAUCAGUGGAUGAGAAUUCCUGUGAAGAAAUCCACUGGCUUGGAGUCCAACAUCAAGCUCAAGAUGGUCAUUCGACGUUGCAAUGGACAUCAUGGCCAAGCACAUGCUGCACUUCAGGGACAACACAAUGGAGUGAACCGCACGGCCAUGGCUGCGGUAUAUCCUUCUGGAUUCUGUCGCGCAUUGCUCCAAGACUUCCUGAAGCACAUCCAGCCCAAAGGACUCCUUCGCUCAAGACAUCGCGAUGCCUGGCAGACCCUGCGCACCUACUACAAGUGUGAACGCUGCGAGCUUGGUCGUGCUGUUGUCUACCUCAAGCAUCUGCCCUGCACCCUCAUCGAGCAGAGCAUGGUUUUCUUCGAAGAGGCUGACGGCACGGGCUACCAGUAUUGGAUUGAUGAUCCAAUUUUGCUCUCCAUCAUCCGCACCUGUCUGAAGAAGGUGAUGUACAUCCAUGGCGUGCAUAUCGCACUACAUCCAUUCGUCAAGCCUUUUCCAGAACCGCCAGAACCCAAGCUCUCGGCAGCAGCAGCUCCUCUGCGGCUGAUCUUCAGAGGCGAGUUCAAGAACUGGACCAUGCACGAUCUCGAAGACCUCCGAGAACUGUCACCUGCCCAACAACGAGCGCCUGUGGAAGAGGAGAACUGGAUGAUCACCAUGUUUGGUGCCCCUGAAGCACCACAGACUGGCAAGGCACCCAAGACUCCAAAGACAGCAACAAAGACUUCAGCACCGUCUACUCCAGUGCCAAUGACACCGGCACCAGCUACUCCUGGAGUUGGCGCUGCCCCUCGCACACCGGCACUUCACGCAGUACAAGAUCCACCUCAUGCAUCACAAGACCCUGAACAGGCUGGAGGAGAGUCUGUUCAUGAGAGAAAGGAUGAACAAUCUCUACCAGAUGCUCCAUAUGAGGACAUCAGCAUGGAGUUGCCUCACGCCAGAACGCUGAAGCCUUUGUACUCGAUGAAGCGUGUUCUUCAACGUCUUCCUGAUGCA